AGACUUAAACGGAGGAAGCCGUACAACUGACUGCUGUUUUCCUCUGGGGAGAAACUGCAAACAAGCAUUAACCCUUUGAAAAGAUGGAGGAAGAGCAGGAAGUGCAGAUUCUGUAUCCUCCAGAGGCCCAUUGUGAGGAGAUGGAUCCUUUGGAGUUGGGUGUAGGCAUCAUUCAUGGGGCGGUGCUCCAUCACCCCACAGCUAUGACGCCUACAGUCUUUGGAUUACUGACAACAGAGAAUAAGCCAGUUGCUCUUAAGGAUAUCUCGGUGUCUGUACAUGUGAAGGGUAUCAUUGCAGAUGUUACUGCAACACUCCUAUGCAAGAAUGAGUUACAAGACCCAGUGGAAGUUAUGUUUAUCUUCCCAAUGGAUGAUGUUGCUGCUGUGUAUAAAUUUGAAGCAAUGAUUGAUGGGAAAACUAUCAUCGCAGAAAUUAAAGAGAAAUGUGCUGCCUAUCAAGCCUAUGAUGAUGCCAUCAGCAGUGGACAGCAAGGAUUUCUGCUAGAAGAAGAUGAAAUGAGUGGAGAUAUCUUCCAUUGUACUUUGGGUAAUCUGCCACCUGCACAAGAAGCAGCUGUCUGUAUCUCAUAUGUCAUUCAGCUCUUUCUAGAAGCAGACCAAGCUGUACGAUUUGUACUGCCGGCUGUUCUUAACCCACGCUACUGUCCAGCAGACUACACAGGUGUGAAUGUUACUCAAAGCAUACCUCGAGUGGCUCCACAUCACCUACCCUAUAUGCUACACCUGAGUCUCCAAGUGGAGGGAGUGCAGGAAAUCCAGGCUAUUAAAUCUAAUUGUGCACUUACAGACAUUGUCUACAGUGAUGACCUGAAGACUGCAGCACAGACAAGACUAAAGGAUGGACACAAGUUUGACAGAGAUGUUGAAAUUCUGAUUUAUUACCUGAACCCAUGCUUAACCUAUGGUCUGGUGGAGAAAGGAAAUGCAUCAUCCCCACAAGGAACCAUAAUGGCAGAUCCAAGUGUGACACUGUGUAUAUAUCCAGACAUUCAAGCUGACCAUACAGAUACUUACCAAGAGUUUAUUUUUGUUGUUGAUCAGUCUGGAAGCAUGUCAGAACUGGUUAGAUGGCCAUCUCAGAAAACCAAGAUUGAAACUGUAAAAGAAACACUAGUCUUGCUUCUUAAAAGUCUGAGAAAUGGAUGUUUCUUCAAUAUUUAUGGAUUUGGCGAUACAUUUGAGACAUUAUUUCAAAAGAGUGUGAAGUACAAUCAGACAUCACUGGAUUUUGCCAUGGAAAAAAUAAAAACAUUUGAUGCAGACCUUGGUGGAACGAAUAUCUUUGCGCCACUUCAGGAUAUCUUUUCAAAGUCCCUGAAAAAGGGUUACAGUCGCCAGGUCUUUCUUUUAACAGAUGGAGAGGUCUUCUGCCCUGCAGAGAUUAUUGAAGAAGUAAAGAAGCAUGCCAGCACACAUCGGUUUUUCACACUCGGGAUUGGUGAAGGGGCCUCAACAUUCCUGAUAAAAGGGGUGGCAAGAGCUUCUCAUGGGAAAUAUGACUUCAUCAUAGAAAAGGACAGGAUGCAGGCAAAGGUGUUAAGGUGUCUGAAACUGGCCUUCCAGAGAAGUGCUGUUGAUAUCUCCUUGCACUGGAAACUUCCUGGUGGAGUGGAAGCAGUGGUCUAUCCUAAGGUUCCAGAGGUUGUAUUCCAUCAAGAAAGGACUGUCAUCUAUGCUCAGCUUAAGGGUCUGGAGAGCAACCACAUGGAAGGAAAAGCAGAGGCUACAUUGUGUUACUUUUGUGGAACGAAAGAGUACCGACAUGCUUUAGAGUUUUCCCUAAAACCAGCAGAAACUGACAGUUUCUCCUUACACUACAUGGCUGCAAAACUUUUCAUAAAAAAUGGACUUGAUGGCAUGAAGACAUAUUCAAAUCAGGAUAUCAUUGAUCAAAUAACCAAAAUUAGUAUUGAAUCCAAUGUCAUCUCACAUUACACAGCCUACAUAGCAGUCUACAAAGAUGGCAAAGAACCUGUUCGGGGGCCUAUGGUAUCACUGGGUCACAAUCUUUUUGCUUAUCCAUUAAUACGUGACAGAGAUUAUUGCAAUUAUAGAGAAUAUAAUAGGCAUCCACGUAAAGCCACUCCAGUCCGGCGCUUUGGAGGCUGUUUUCAAGCAUUUACAAGCUUUUCGUGGUGUCGUCGUUUCUUGGGACAUUCAGCCCUGUUGGACAAUAAGGAAGAUCAGGUGAUGGCUUUGAUUAGCCUACAAAUGGCCGAUGGGUCCUGGAAAGUAGAUAAAGCCCUUGCUGAAAUUUUCAAGUCUACAGAAAGGGAGAUAAAGAGGAGCAUCCCUGUUAAGGAAGUAGAUACCACUCUUUGGGCAACACUUUUGUCUGUAAUAUGGCUUCAUGGUCAUGGCAGAAAUGUUAAAGAUGAUUGGGAACUUCUUGCUUCAAAGGCUGUCUCCUGGCUGAAAUACGAGGCAGCAGGUAUCGACUUGAAAGAGUGGAUCAAGGCUGGCAAUGAUUUUCUGAAAACAGAGGUAGAACCGCGACAACUAGGGAUCUGAAAAGACACUUAAAUAACACCUGUUCAUUCACGCAAAGAGCUGCACUCAUUUUUGUGACUUCUCAUCUGCAUGCUUUAUAAAUGGAAUAGUGUAUUUAUUUAUAAAUAUAUAUAUUAUA